AUGGCACGCGUCUACCACAACCUCACACCAGUAUCGAGCACCUCCUCACGGAAACCUUCAGCUGAAGGGGACAAGCAUGCAGCAGGAUUGACGGCGACGUCGGUGUCUCUUAUUCGGAGUGCUCAACGGAGGAUCGAUCAAUUGGCACUCAACCUUGAAGUCGACGCCCUUUAUAUCCAGUUCUGGAGAAUCUGCCAAACAGCCACGAUCGAGGAACAACGCCAGAUCUGGUCAGGAAACUACGAUCGCGACCCUACCUCUUCCUCAGCAGCAUCGACGAGUAGCAACAGCAUCGGCAAUGGCCCUCGGAGUGCGAAGAGUCGGCAGGAAUCAUUAUACCGGGCGUUCAACUCCCCAGCCAGACCCAAAUCAUCAUCCCCACCAAGAGGCCAACAGGAUACCCUGAGGAUUCCCUGCGGCAAGCCGUCGACAACAACAAAACCAUCAACGAAAUCUUCAGCGGCAUCAAUAACAACGAGGAAUACGACGUCGACUUUCACGAUGCGCUUUCUUGGGCAGUCCCAUGCGAAGCGGUUACUCCAAAUGCACCAGUACUUUGAGCAGGUUCUCGGGAUCCCGAUCGGCUACAAUGCGCGGAUCGCGUUGUUGGUGGCGUUUUCGAGUCGAGGUGACAUGAUCACAACACUCAACCUCUUUCGACAGUGGCAACAACCUUCCUCCUUUCGCGGCGCACAGACGGAUCGAGGAGGAGUAGGAGGGGGGAAGGAGAUGUACUCGGUCGUAAUUCGAGGGCUGAUCGGGAGGAACUUUCAGGACUCGGAGCGGCGGUCGUUUUAUGUCCAGGAUGAUCCAACAUCUGGGAUCCGGAAUCAGGGCGUCACACAAGUCUACACCGCCCUCGAGUUGUUUUACGACCUGUUGCGCCAAGGAGGAACACCAACCUUUGAGACGUAUCAUUCCCUGAUUGUGGGACUCUCGACAUUCAAGAACGACAUGGAGGCGGCGGAGCUGUUGCUGGACCAUAUGAUUGUCAAGAAAAAACGCCCCUAUGUCCAGGUGCUUCACGUCAUGUGUCGAGAGUAUGCGCGUCGGAAGGACUUCUUGGCGGUCGAGAGGAUCUUUGGGAUGCUGAAGGAGUACGGGAUCCGACCCCGGGCGGUGACUUGUAAUGUCAUGCUGCGAGCAAUCUUUCAGAUGUCGACCCUCGAGGCUCUCCAGUACCUUGGUCAUCGGGAACCGGGACUGAAUCUUGACGCGAUGGCAGAUCAGCUGAAGCGACAAAAGGUGCAGCAUCUUCGGGAGUACAUGCAUGAGAACGGAACCAUGCCCAACGACGGGACCUUCAGCAUCCUCUGUUACGGCUUUGGCCAUAUGGUGAGUGGGUUCCCAGAUCUCCAGGAGGUGAUGGUUGAGAUGGUACAAGGACCGUCUGCGAUGAAGCCCAACUUGGUUGUCCUCAACUCGCUGCUGUUUGCGCAUCUGAACCAUGGCAAGAUCAGGAAGGCUGAGUCGAUUCUGGACCAGAUCUUGCAGUCUUUCCACCCUUUCGAGGAUUUGUCGUAUGCCUAUACACCCCGCCGACGUCAACAGUCAGAGAGUCCCUUCAGGAAACAAGCGUCUACGAGUACGAACACGACCAGCACGCUCAAAGAGGAAACUGACCUCAGCGAUCACAACCUCCCAGGAAUACCCAUGGUCCCAGGCAAGGGCGCCUUCCACGCAUUGAUGCUGGCGUAUGUCGAGCAAGGGGAUAUAUCAUCUAUGGAACGUAUAGUCGACAAGAUGAUCCAGGCACAGCACCAACAGCGGGACCAACACUACCAACGGCGCCAGCUGGCAGCACGUCUCUCCAAGUCGUCCAAAGGUCGUUCGUGGUCAUCAUCACCCACACUCCGCCACUUGAAGGUCGAUCUGGAGGCAGACGAAUACACCGCAACCAUCAUGCUUCUCGGCUACCUGACUCGACGGGAUCUGGUCAAGGCCGACCUGAUCCAGCAACAGAUCCGAGCCCACCCGGACUGGCGGUCGAGUUCCUUAUUCCUGGACCGGGACGAGAACCGGCAGGAGCUGGUUGAUUUUGUUCGUCACCAGAGUUCUAAGGAGAUUGCCCGGCGGUCAUUGUUGCAGUCUGCUACUGAGGAAGAAGAUGGCGAUUCUGGUGAAAGCGGUCAGCGCUCGGUGAUUGAGGAUAUCAAGACAGCAACGGCAGCAGGAACGGCGGCGGCGACGACGACGACGACAAAGCCAUUGAGUGGUGACCUGCAGGGAGAGCUGGAUGACGAUAUCGAGAUAGACGUGACGACCUUGUCAGCGAAACUUCGGGGCCUGAUGAACUCUUCUUCACCCACAACCACCUCGUCCUCAUCACCAUCAUCUUCAUAG